AACACCUCUACCCACUGUGUGUUAGCAGUGUCCUUCCUCCUGUGUCCCCUGAGUAUAGUCGUGCAUCACAAUGGCACCCAAGAAGAAGGAAGAGCCCAAAGAAGCACCCAAACCCAAGGCCCCAGAGCCUGAGCCAGUCAAGAUCCCGGAGUUUAACCCCACAGAAGUCGUGCUUGAAUUCACUCCUGAGCAGAUUGAGGAUUUCAAGGAUGCUUUCCAGCUGUUCGACAGGACACCACUCAAUGAGAUGAAYAUCACAUACGGACAGUGUGGCGAUGUGAUCAGGGCACUGGGGCAGAACCCCACCAAUGCUGAAAUCAUGUACGUCCUUGGAAAGCCCAAGGCUGAGGAGAUGGCGACAAAGAUGCUGGACUUCGACAGCUUCCUGCCAAUCCACCAACACAUCUGCAAAGCCAAGGACCGCGGCACAUAUGAAGAUUUUGUUGAGGGUCUGAGGGUAUUCGACAAACUGGGCGAUGGCACGGUCAUGGGCGCUGAGCUCAGGCACGUCCUGGCUUCACUGGGUGAGAAGAUGAAGGAGGAUGAGGUUGAGCAGCUCAUGACAAACCAGGAGGACGCCAACGGCUGUGUAAACUACGAAGCUUUUGUAAAACACGUCAUGGCAUCUUAAAAAUGCUGCCAAGACACCCGAUAGUUGAAGACAGGUGAUUGUUCAUAUGUUUAUGGAAAGUCCACACCAUGUCCCUGAUCCCAUGUGCUCAUCUCAUGUGCUCAUCCCUAUGUGCCCAAUUGGAUUACUAUUCCAUCAGGUGACAGGACCAAUUAACUUCAACUAAUUGUUCAUUGUUUUCAUUUGCUCCCCAUCUUGUUCACUCAAAUAACAAAUGUGAUUGUACUAUUCAUUUGUGGAUCAAAACUUGUGAUUAAACAGAAUGAUUCAUUAUUAUA